AUGGGUGGCAAGAAUCCAAAAACAAUAAUAACAGAUCAAGAUGGAGCUAUGAGGUCAGCAAUUAAAAAGUUAUUUCCAAAUACUAUUCACAGAAAUUGCUUGUUCCACAUCAAGAAGAAGUGCUACGACAAAAAUAUCAAGGUCUUUGGGAAAAAGGACAAUGAAAGUCUAUGUGAAGAGUUUGAGGGCAUAAGCACAGCAAUAAGCGAAGGAACAAAUUCAAGAUUCAAGAAUAACAUUGGACCGACAUACAGCAUAAUGAGCUUCCUAAAAGAAUAUCAGAGAAUAGUAGACAUAAUUAAUAGUUCAGAAGCAUUUGAGGACAGUAUUAGCAGAGAAAAAAGGCCUAAAGAGUUAUGGGGAGAGUAUUACAUUGAAAGGCAAGGCCAGAAAAUGUACAACAGAAAAAUAUUUAGAAAGUUUCAACUAGAAGUGAAGGCUACAUCAAGGCUAAGCUACAAGAAAAAAGAAGAAGGAAAGAUCUAUGAAGUUUAUCAAAAAUCGAACCAUCCUCAGAAGGAAUACAGGCGAAGAAAAUAUGUAGUGAUAACAGACCUUAAAAAUGAAGACUUCAGUUGCAUAUGUGGGAAAUUCCAAAAGGAUGGUAUUCUGUGCUCACACGUCCUAAAAGUAAUUGUUGAAGAAGAAAUUAACAGAAUACCAGAAAAGUACAUAUUGGAGAGGUGGAGGAAAAAGGAUAAGAGGGUAAUGAUACAUAGAACAGUUGGAACAAGAAAAUCUCAUCAACUAUUAAGAUUCAAUGCACUAUCAAGAAAAGCAGCAUUGCUAUCAUCAAAAGGGUCAUACAAUGAUGAUACAUGUGAUUACCUUGUGCAAGAGUUUGAUAGGAUUGAGAAAGACCUAGACUCAAUGAUUAAUAAUGAAGCAGGAAAUAUCAUCCCUAAAGUUGAACUUGAAAGUUCAUAUGUGAUGGAUCUGAUAGCACAAAGUAUUACUGACAACAUAAUUGGAAGAAACCAAGACGAAGCAGAUUUGGAGAUCCUUGAUCCAGACAGAAUAAAACAGAAAGGAAGACCACCAAAACCAAGAAGACUGAAAACAUUCGUAGAAGAGAAGAAGGAAAAAAUGGCCAAGGAAGCAGAGCAGAAUGAAAGGAAAAUAGCAAAGCAGAAUGAAAGGAAAAGAAUACAGCAGCAGUCAAAGCAUAAGAAAGACGAAUCAACCAGUAAAAAUUAUUGA